UCCACUAGUCUUUUGAGUCAUAUGGUACAAAAUGGCGUUAUGCAAUUUCGGUAGCUGGAUUUGUGACCACAUGUGAUACAUUUCAAAUAGAUUUUGGCAGUUUACUCACCAGAUUUUGGCUGUUAGUAACCUGUCUGAAGAAUCUUUUAAAAGAAUAGGGGAUGGUGUGUGUACUGGGAGAAGAACGUGCAGUAUGCAUUAUUCAAGAUCUUUCAGCUGCUACAGCUGGCGCCAAGAGCACACUCUUACUACCUGCUUCGACUACAGUCCAGGAUUUGUUUCAGACAGUUGGAAAAAUAUUCCAAUAUGAUCCAGAAAGUUUUGAGCUCAUCUUACAACGCACUUCUGAUACAGAAUCGGUUAUCCUUAAUGAACAUAAGGAGAAGACCAUUGUUGCAGUGGGUGUGAACUUUGAGCCUGGAACCCGUAACACAAUCAUAAUUACAAACAUGCCAACUGCUCCAAGAUGCAAAGUGGUUCCAGUAUCUGUAGACGGUGAAGAUGACAUGCAGUUGGGAGCUUCAGCCAGUCCUACAGCCAUAACAGACUAUGCACAUCCUCCACCUGCACCCCCUCCUCCACCUCCUGCUGUUGGUAGUGCAGAAUACUCAUAUGCGACUGCCCUGAUCAAGCAUAACACAGGUUAUGUUGGUUUGGUAAAUCAGGCAAUGACCUGUUAUCUCAACAGUCUCCUCCAAGCUUUGUACAUGACACCAGAAUUUCGUAAUGCUUUGUACAAGUGGGAGUUUGAUGGCACAGAGGCAGAAGCAGUGAAAUCUAUACCAUACCAACUGCAGAAAUUGUUCCUCAAUUUACAAACAUCAUCCAAAUCAGCAGUUGAAACAACAGAACUGACACGCAGCUUUGGAUGGGAUUCUGGUGAAGCUUGGCAACAGCAUGAUAUCCAAGAGCUUUGCAGGGUUAUGUUUGAUGCUCUUGAACAGAAAUUUAAACACACAGAUCAAGCUGAUCUCAUACAGAGACUCUAUGAAGGAAAAAUGAUUGAUUAUGUUAAAUGCUUAGAAUGUGGUACAGAAAAGUCGAGAGAAGAUACAUUUCUGGACAUCCCUCUACCAGUGCGACCAUUUGGUAGUUCAGUGGCAUAUGGAAGUGUUGAAGAAGCAUUAAGAGCUUUUGUACAGCCAGAGACUCUUGAUGGCAACAACCAGUAUUACUGUGAAAAGUGCAACAAGAAAUGUGAUGCUCACAAAGGACUGAAAUUUUCCAAGUUUCCAUACCUUCUUACAUUACAUCUGAAGCGUUUUGACUUCGAUUAUAACACUCUGCACCGAAUCAAACUCAAUGAUAAGGUUGUUUUCCUAGAAACGCUCAACUUGAACAGUGUCAUUGAAUGUCCUGGAAGUAAGGAAGACAGUGAUGGUAUUCCUGAAGAAUCUGUAGUAAAGUGUGAUGAUAGUAGUACAACUGACAGUGGUUCUGCGUUGGAUGACGAAAGUUGUCAAGGGACUGAGACUGUCCUCAGUACACAGGAUGCUGAUUAUCAGGAAGAUGAUGAGGGCAUAGAUAUGAAUAAUACACCAAAUCAUCAUGAAAAUGAAAAGAAUCAAAGACACGCAAUGGAGAAGGGUCCCUACAUAUACGAAUUAUUUUCCAUCAUGGUUCACUCUGGAAGUGCAUCAGGCGGACAUUAUUAUGCCUACAUUAAGGACUUUAAGAAGGGUGAUUGGUUCUGCUUCAAUGAUCAGUCUGUUAGUCGGAUCACAUAUGAUGACAUAAAGAAAACGUAUGGCGGAGGACCAAUGAGAAGUUACUAUUCUGGUGCUUACAGUUCCAGUACAAAUGCUUACAUGUUAAUGUAUCGUCAGAUUGAUAAGCAAAGAAACUGUGAAGCUAUGACAGUGGAUGAAUUUCCUGCACAUAUCAAGGAUUUGCUGCAGAAAAUGCAGAAACGAGAAGAAAGUGAUCGCAUCCUGCGAGAGAAAGAAAUGGAUAUGUGUAAAAUCAAGCUGUAUGCACACUACCCAACCAAGCGCCAAAUGGUAGAGGCAAAACUGUACUGCGCCAGUGAUGUCACCCUACAGGAGGCUACUGGAAUGGCACAUAGGUGCCUCCGUUUGGAAGGAGUAGUUCCUUUAGAACGAUGCCGACUAGUGAAUUAUGAUAGACUGCAGGACACCAUUGAAUGCAGUUUUGAGGGCCGUGAGAAUGAUCCAAUAAGUGAAAUUCUCAGUAGUCUUCGCGGAUACGACUUGCUAUUAGAAAUUCGUAGAGAGGAUGCUGAAUUUGAGGUUUACCAGCCUGGGGGCGUGGCAACAAAAGUGUUUGUAGUUGAUCUUGAGACUGAAGAAGUAGAUGGUCCUACAACUGUGCGAGGGAACCUCUCUCAGACAGUGGCAGAAUUCAAAGUCACAUUAGCCAAAGCACUCCAUUUAGAUCCAAAAACCAUGAAAGUAGUUCUUGAGAAGUACAGCAGUGAGCCAAAGCUGCUGGACAAUGAUGAUAAAACUCUGAAAUUUGAAGGGUUUUAUGGAUCUAACAAGGUUUUUGUGGCUUCUUCUUGUGAUGACGAUCCAGAAAAACCAUUUGUCAUUUCAAAACUGCACAAAAUUAUCAGUAGGUUUGAACAUAUAAUAUCUCUUCAAGUUGUGCUGCCAUAUUCAAGGAAAGAAUUGCUGGAGAAAUUAAGAAUUUCUGUGCUGAACUUCGAUGUAAACCGCAAUAGCAGCAGAAACGCCAAAUUGACAGAGGAGAGCAGUACAAAUGAAGAACUAGCCAGUGGUGGUGGUGGUGGUGGUGAUGGUGCUUCAGCGCUUUGUAUAAUGUCUCCUGCCUGUUCUGGCAAUCCUUUGCGUGACAGUUCUCCACAGCCACCAGGUGAUACAGAAGAAGAAGGGAUUGGUGCCACUGGACACAGUGAUCAAAGUGCCAGUGAGGACAGCAGUCUUACAGAUAGUGACAGGACACUUGUAGGUGACGCUCCAGAUGAUGGUCUGCCACCACUUUCCAGUUCCAGCAGAUCAUCUCCAGGUUCAGAUCGACAUAAUAUAUCUUCACCUGAAGAGGCCAAUACAGUUGCAUAUAAUUCAUACCCCAGAGAACAGACAGAAAACUGGGAUGACGAAGAAAACGACACUGCAAGUGCCACAACCAGGUCUACCAACUACUACUUCAAAGCUGUUCCAUAUACAGACAAUGACAAUCAGAAAAUGUUGAAGGUGCUCGUGGACAAGAGGAUGUUCCUAGGGACCUUGAAGAAGGAUUUGGAACCUUACAUUGGAGUUCCAGUGGAAUACUUCAAGAUAUACCGCCUUAAAAGUGGGCAGCAAGAAUUCGAGUGUGCUCGACUCACUGAGAAUUUAGGUUCAUAUCGUGAUGAUGAAAAACUUAUAGUCAGACUUGACAGAGUAUUAAAGAAAGAUGAACACCGAGGGAAAGUGUUUCAACUCUUGCCUAACUCUCCAGAGCCUAUUAAGUUCUUGUGUGACUGGAUUCUUAGCAAAGGGAUGACUGUUGGUGAAGUGAAGAAAGAAAUCUUGGAAGAAAUUAAAAGAAAAUAUUCAAUAGAUAUCCCAUAUGAAAGGUGUCGCCUUCGAAAGAAAAGUUGGAAGAACCCAGCAGAAAUUUAUCUUAAUGAUCAACGAUUCGAACAGGACAUCAGCCUGUUCCCAAAUUGGGAGAUGUUCUUGCAAGAACUACCCGAGCCAGAGAAAAUCACAUCUAGUAAUCAACUAGUGCUUUUUGUACGGCGCUGGUGUCCUGCCAACCUGGAAUUGAAGGCCUUUGAGGAAGUGUUGCUUGAUGAGUCAACAGUAAUGGAAUUAAAGACCAAGUUGUCAAAUCUUAGUGGCAUCCCAGCUGAAUAUGUGGAAUUUGCAAAGGGGCAAGGUUCAUUCCCCUGUGAAAUGUCAGUUCUUGGUAUACACACAGAGCUUGGCUGGAAUACUGAAACAGCAACACUUGACAAUUGGCCACCUGGCAUCUUCGAAGAUGGACAUGUUAUCUUGUACAGAGAUUCAAGAGAAGAACUGAAACAACUUUCAAGUGAAGAGAGGAAAGAAAUUGCUAACAGAGAAGGUUCACGUGUGAACAGACUUGGUAUCAUUGCAUCUACUCGUAAAGAGCGUACUCUAAAAAUAUAUUUAGAUAUGUCUCACAGAAGAAAUGAUGAUGCGGAAGUUGACUGAAAUGUGUUUUGUAAUUUGAAGUGAUUGACUUGUAUGUGAAAUGAAAGUUUGUGUAAUACCAUAAUUUUAAGCUGACACUGCAUAAUUAAAUAUUACAAAUUUGUGGUAUGGUGAUAGUAUAUCAGCAGUCACCAGUACAUUUAUGUGCUAAUAAAAAUUUGCGAUGUAUAACCUUAACUAUUGGCGAGGUGGCAUUCUUUUUGGAUUCAGACCUUGUGCUACAGUCUCUAUGACGCUCGUAUCACUUUAUUUAUUAUGUAACAUGCCGUGUUAAUGUUGUGUAGCACUGACACUCUAACUAUUUGCUUUUGGUUUUAUUCUGAUUGGCAGAUACAUACAGUCUGAAGUUAAUGGUUUUCUAGCAAAAUGGCUUCAGAUACAUAGGGUAUUGCAAAUAGCAACUUUCAGAUUGUGUAAAGGGUUUUUGCUAUAUGCACAUCUUGUGUUGUCCAGUUUUACUUCUUUAGAGACUGUAUCCAUAAUCUGAUUUCAGUAGCCAAUGAAAUAUAUAUUGGGGCACAUUUUUAUGAUUUAUCUUUAUAUUAAAACUUAGCUGCAACAUGACUCCUUUGUUCAUGUGUUCUGGUGGAGUUAGAUUGCAGCCAUGCAGUGUAUGACUCAAGCAUGUAAGAAAUAUCUCUUGAGUAAAAUGGAAUACUGCAUACAAUUAUGGUAAUUAUAAUUUGUAUUUCACAUUUACGAUCUGUUUAGGAUACAGUCAAUUUAUAGAAUAUAUUAAUACGUGAAUUAAGUGACUGAAAUAUGGAGUUAUAAGCAUGGUUUAUACAUCAGGAUAAUUGGUAAUUUGUAUUUGUCUGACUAAAAAGAUAUGCCCCCAAUAAAUGCCUUUCUCUGUGUAAAUUGCCUUAAUUUUUCAACCAUGCUGCAUCUCAAAAGAAAGGGUGCUUGAAUUUGAGCAUUGUAAGAAAUCUAUAAUCAUUGUCUUUUACAAGUUGCUUCUGCUCACCAGUUUUUCAUCCUGUUUGUCUUACCCUGCAAGGGUCACACAAUUUUGUAUGUUAGUGAUCACAUAUCAGAUACGACUGCAUGGCUUGUCGUCACUAAACUGUCUUUGCAGGAAGGUUGAGCUUGUGUUGUCAGGAUAUUUAUUGUGAAUAAUAAAGGAAACAUGCUCAUUUCGUAUAUGGA